AUGCACACCCCCGCUCGCCGUGACCGCUCCCCUUCCCCCACCAACCCACUCAUUGCCUCUCUUGACGCCGUCUACAAAGAGGCUCACAAGCAACACAAGCGCAUAGCGGAGCUUGAGCUCGAGAACGCCAAGCUCAAGAAAAGGAACAAGUCCCUCGAGGCCUCCACCGCCACCGCUACCGCCGCCGCGGCCGCCGCCAACGCCGCCACCGACAAAGCCACCGCCGCCGCCACCGCCGCCGCCACCGCCGCCGCCGCCGCCUCCAUCGCGGAGCACGAAGAACACAACACCCUCAUCUCCAAGACCUUCAUCAAGACCUCCAAGGAGCUAGACGCCGUCAAAAGCACUCUUGCCACCCUCGAGAAGGACCACGCCGCCCUCAAGGAAAGCCACACCACCCUCAAGGAAAGCCACACCACCCUCAAGGAAAGCCACACCACCCUCGAGGAAGGCCACGCCGCCCUCAAGAAGAACCACACCGCCCUCAAGAAGAAGUACAAGUCCCUCAAGGGGGAAGCCGACACGCUCGCCACGCGCUACCGCCACCUCGCCAAGCGCUACAAAGACGACGACGCCCCGGCGUUCAAGAAAGAGCUUUGCCCCCUCGAGGACUUCCUCAACCAAGACAAGGGCAAAUGCGGCCGGGCCGAGCUCUAUUGA